GCCUGAGUUUAAAGUUCAGGUUUUUCUGCCCUCACAGUUUUCUUUUCUGCAGAAGAUUGAAGCCGAAACCAAAGAGUUUAGCUGUGAGCAGCUAGACAAAACUGUUUUAGAGCUAAAGUCAAUUGAAUUGGAGGAAAAACCACAGGAGACAGCUGAUAUUUUGAUGGCUGAAGAUCCUGUGGUGAACACGAUCUCAACAGAGAACAAAAAUUCCAAAGAUGAGAUCAACAGCAUUCCUGCAAAAGAGAGCAGCAGAGGCAUUACUGAACCUGUUGCUUUAGAGAAACAGCUGAAAGUUGAAGAUGGGCAGCAUAACCCAUCUUCCAAAACUGAGGAAAUCAUCACAAAAACGGAAGAAACAACUCAAGAAAAUGACGGCAUUUUACUGGAAACUGAUGAAAAUGAAGCUGCAAAUUCUAGUAUCAGAGUGGACCAUUUUACAGAAUCAUCUUUGCAAGUUAUGGGUACUUUAGAAGGAGCAUUGGAAACUUCCAAUGCUGGCGAGAAGAGAGAAGAUCCGACUCCAAUCAUCGCAAAGGAAUUGGAGAAUGACUCCCAAUUGCAGAAACAACACAUAUCUGAGUCAGAAGAGGGGAAACAUAGAAUAAAGAAAACAGAUUCAUCAGAAGCUGAGGUUUCAGAAGAAAUAGAAGGUGAAUCCUCCAAAAUAGUCUCUGAAGAUCGAAAUGUUGGAUCUAUAGAAGAAAGAGACAAACCCGGAAAGGAGAAACCAAUCUCAGCCAUUGGCCUUGACGAACCAUCAGUUUCACAGGCUGCAGUGGCAACGGAUCCGGUAGAACAUGAAAAGGGAAGUAAGAACAAUGAAGACUUGCCAGGCUCGGCGGCUGAAGAACAGAAUCUUGAAGUGGGUGCUGGAAGUGAAAUCAAGGAAAGGGAGAUUGAAACAGAAGAGACUACAGAGAAGAAUGAUGGCAAAUCUGUAGCUUGCCUAAUUGAAGAAACAGAUCAUGAGAAGCUCAGCCUCAGACAAUUCAGCAGUUCAGACGCAGAUGGACAGAUACCUGUAUCAGCCGAUCACAGCAAGCUGAUGGAAAGUGAAGUUCAACACGAGGAGAAAGUAUCAAAUCAGAGUUUCAACACCAUAUCUGUUGCCCAGGUUUCCGAUGAAGAAAGCCAGCAAAAAGGCGGACCUGCAUCUGAAAAGAUUGAUAGAACUGCUGAAUCAGUGUCAGAUGAGCAGAUUGUCAAAACAAAUACUGCGGGUCGAGAUGCUGAUGAGGCUUCCGUUGAAAAGCACUCAGACGUUUCAUCUUCAGGUGAGGUGCCUGAAGGAAAAACGGAUUUGGGGAAAGUUGGUGCGACUGAAAGCGUGGAAGCAGAGGAUUGUGAGGAAGAGGGAAGCAUAGACAAGGACCUUGAUGCUGACGCUGUACACAUCAGACAGGAAUCAGAAGAAAGUAGGUUACAAGAAGACAGAAUAGAAGGGAAGGAGAUUGAAACAGUCACGACAGAUCCAAACACCCAAAACAAUGAAACGAAGAACGAGAAUAAUGAAGAAAGCAGUGCAUUGGUGCAUGACAAGAAGAUUCGUCAACCUAAUGAUGCAAUUCAAAACAUUGAAGAAGAGAUCCGACAGAAAGAGGAUGCUGCAUAUGUUACAACAGUAACGGAAGAGACAAGCUUACAGAAAGCUGAAUUAGAAGAGCAGAAGCCCAAACAGGCCGCUGAUAUUGCAUCAGAAGAGAAGAGUCGCGAAACAAAUGAGGCAGACUCACAGCUUGAAGAAGUUGAAGGUGUGAAGAUUGAGGAAACAUCCAUUCCAGCAUCCGAAAUUCCCCCAGUUGGUGAAAGUGAUGGCGCAGACAAGGAGAAGCCAGAUGAACUGCCAGUUAUACAAGCUUUAGUCAAAGAAAUCCCACAGAGAGAUGAAAGCCAAGAUAAUGAGCCCAAGUGCGUGAGCAAACCAGUACCAGAAGAGAAGAAUGCUGAAGAAAUCAUUGAGACGGGGAUUGAGACCGCAGAGAUACAAAAGGAGGAAGAAAGCCCACAUGAAGUACCAUCUACUGAGGCAGAAGCAAAUGCAAGAAAGAAGAUUCAAACUGAAGCAGAUUUUCUAGAGAAGAACGCUGAUAUUUCAUCCAUUGCACCAGCAUCAAAGGAGAUGCCCUUAUUGAAAGAAGAAGGUGAGAAAACCUUACAGAAAGCUGAAUUAGAAGAUGAGAAGCACGAACAAGGCGCUGAUAUUGUGUCCGAAGAGAAGAGUCACGAAACAAAUGAGACUGGCUCACAUUUUGAAGAAGUUGAAGUUGUGAAGACUGAGGAAACAUCCAUUCCAGCAUCCAAAAUUCCCCUAGUUGGUGAAAGUGAUGGCGCAGACAAGGAGAGCCCAGUGGAGGUGAAGCCACUGGAACUGCCUGUUAUACAAGCUUUAGUCAAAGAAAUCCUACAGAGAGAUGAAAGCCAGGAUAACAAGCCCAAGGGCGUGAGCAAACCAGUACCGGAAGAGAAGAAUGCUGAAGAUAUCAUUGAGACAGAGAAUGCGACUGCAGAGAUACAAAAGGAGGAAGAAAGCCCACAUGAAGUACCAUCUACUGAGGUGGAAGCAGAUGCAAGAGAGAAGAUUGAAACUGAGAUUCGAAGUGAAGCAGAUUUUCUAGAGAAGAACCCUGAUAUUUCAUCCGUUGCACCAGCAUCAGAGGAGAUGCCCUCGCUGAAAGAAGAAGGUGAGCAUGCAAACAUCAUCCCUCAAACAGUACCCAGCGAGCGUGAUUUCGAUUCAUUGCCCACAACGCAGGAAGCUACUGGUGGCACCGAUAUAGUGUACGAAAAUCCAGCAAAAGCUUCAGAUAUAGCAUCUGAAGAGGAAGUUGAAAGAACAGCUGAUGCCAAUACCAGCAGCAGUGAGAUUUUGGUAGAUGAUAGUUCAGAUAAAAAGCUUCAGGAGUUCUCUGAAUUGAAGUCCGAAGAACGGGUGGUAGAAUCAGUUCACGUGAGGGAGAAAACAGAUGAACCACAGGUUACACAAGCUUUAAUUGAAGAAAGCUUGCAGAAACACAAAAUCAAAGGUCAGGGGCCAGAGAAGGCAACCGAACUGGUACUGGAAGAGAAGAAUGCUGAAGAAAUCAUCGUGACAGAGAAUGCUGCUGCUGAGAUCCCAAAGGAGGAAGAAAACCCACACGAAACACCAGCUACUGAGACUCCAGCGGAAGAAGAUACUCAAGAUCAUGGUCUCAAAACAGCAGACACAAGAGCAAAUAUCAAAACUGAAAUUCCAAUGGAAGAAGAAAUUCAAGAGAAUAAUGUCGACGCUUCAUCUGUUCCACCAGUGGAGGAGACGUCCACACAGCAAGAGCAAGGACAGCAGGCUAACAUUGUCCCUGAAACAGUAUCCAAAGACUGUGAUUGUGAUGCAUCAUCCACAAUGCAGGAAGUAAUCAACAGUGGCGAAAUAGAGUACGAAAGGCUAGCGAAAGCUUCAGAUAAAGUACCUGAAGAUCAGGAAGCUGAAACCAGCAGCAGCCAGAUUUUGGUAGAUGAUAGUCCAAUUGAAAAGCUUCAUGAGUCCUCCGAAUUGAAGCCUGAAGAUCAAAUUCCAAUUGGAAAUGGAACCCAAGAUAAGCAUGUGGAAGAAAGGUGCUUGCAAGGAGAAGUCGAGGGUGAUAAACUCGAAGAAGUCACAGCAGCAGUAUCUGAAGAUAAAGAAACAACUUCAGAAACUGAGACCAUACGUGAGAUUCGCAAGGACAAGGAAAGCUCGCAGAAAGAAGAGAAUGAGAAGCCAUACAAAGCUCCUGACUUAGAAGCCAAAGAUAAUGUUUCUGAAGCAAAAGAAGCUGACAAAGAUUUGGAAAGAGAGAUUGCAGAGGAAAAGAAAGAAUCAUAUGAAAGCACCAUUUCUUCAUCUACCUUGGCAGAUGAUAAAGCAGGAGAGAACCUUGCAGAGCCUGUAGAAGAGGUGUCAGAUGAACAAGAUCUUGGAACAACAGAUUCAGGCAGUAAGAUAGAAAAUGAGGUUCCAAACAAAGAAAAGGCUCAUCAUAUCAACGUUAAUGCCUCUUAUGUCUCACAAUCAUCAGAAGAGAUAUGCUCACAGAAAGAAGCAGCAGAAACCGAAGAGACCCAAAACAAAGGGGAUGAUAUUGCAGCUGCAACACAGGCUCAGGGUGAGAAAGCCUUCGAUUCGGCUUCUGAAGAUACGACUGUAGAAACAGUUGUGGAGGCUGAACCUGCAAAAAUCAAGAUAUCAGAAGGCAAUGAGAGCUGCGAUACGAUGAUUGACUCUCCAUCCACAGUGAAGGCUUCAGUCGAAGAGACCACACAAGGAGCUCCUGCAGAUGAGUUGGAAGAGAAUACUGAGAAAAAGAUUGAAAAGAGUGAGGCAACAGCUGGAACAAGCUCACAAAUUGAGGAAAUGGAAGGGAAGAUGCUUGGCAAGGAUUACGAACAUCCCGAGCAGAAAUUGUCUGAAAUUACCAAUGCUGGAGAGAUUUCGAAUGAUGCAGAUACUUCAGAGCCCAUCUCAAAUAAAGACACAUUGGAGGGCAAGAAGAUUGAAAAAACCUUCGAUGCAGCACCUGAGGAACUUGAAACAACUUUUGGAAGAGAAGUCACCACGAAAGAAGUCCUAGAGAAAGAGGAGGUCCCUGUCAAGAACCUUGAAGAAAGCUUUCAGGAAGACGGGAAGGGAGUUGAGUCGCGUGAGCAUGGAGCAGCUGAGUUGCACCGUGCUUCCUAUAACACUACAAAUGAAGAGAUUCUGAGGGCAAUUGAUCCGCCCGUCGAGAUUGAAGCUGAUGAAACAAAGGAUAAGGAGAUCCCGGACAACAACAUAGAUAAUUUACCUGUUCGUAAUGCAGUAGCUGAAGAAACCAUACAGGAAAAAAGAGGUGAGGAGCAAGAUGAAACCUCUGAGUUUGUGCCUGAAGAAACUGCGCCUGAGAAGGUAGGAAGUGCCUCUGAAUCAGUGUCCAAGGACCAGGGCAAUGAGAAAAUCACUGAGACAGAAACCACCGAGACUCUACCUUCAGUAACUGAAGAGCAAACCUGCAAAGCAGUUGAAGUGAGUGAAAGCAAGGAAAGUGCAGCUCUAGAAGAAGAGAAAACUUCAGACGGGGCAACAUCAGGAUCACAAUUACAAAUGGAAAAUGAGGAAGACGGGAAGGAAUUGGAUUCUGGAGAUAAAUCAGAGAAUUUUGUUGCCUUGGAGAGCAGAGAAGAGGAGAUGCCAAAGAAAGAAGAAACAUCAGGUACGGACUUGGAAAAUGAUGGAACGGAGUAUGAUCAGCUUGAAAAACCUGCCGACAUAGUAUCAGAGGUGCUUGAAACUGCUCACCAAAGUGAGGAGAUCGAAAAACAGAUUGUUGAGGAAGAGGGUACAGGUAAGGGCAUCGAUACCAUACCAGCCGGAGAUGAGCAGGUUGAAGAAAGCUUAGAAGAAAGUGAGGAGCACAAGAUGCCCGAAGGAGCAACACCUGAAUUGGACGCUGAAGAUCUGAGUUGCAAUACAAAUGACAUCUCAGAAAUCACAAUUCCACAUGAAGAGGUGUCUGAGGCACUUGCAGUAGAUGACCUCGAUACUCUAUCGGCUACAGAUAAACCAGCCAAAGAAAGCAGUUGGGAAGAUGAGAAGACGCACGAGAAGCUUGAGGAAGCAACACGUCACUUGGAGGCUGAAGGACAGAGCUGUGAAGCAAUUGAUACAAAUGAUGACGCAAAGGACGGGCAGAAUGAAGAGGUCCAAGCUUCUGAUUUAGUGUCUGAAGAGAGGGACUUGAAAACAAUAGCUUCUACUGAGAAGAUAGAAACUGUGACUGUAAAGGCUGCUGAAGACCCAAAUGAAACCAUUGAUGCUUCAACUGUUAAAAUCACAGAGUCUGAUGAACCAUUGGCAAUGGUGUCUGAAGGACCUGAGACAACCAGUGGUGGUGAGGACAGUGAAAAACACAUCAUAGAGGGCACAGUUAAGGGCGUUGAUGAUGUAUCUGUCCAAGAAGAACCAGUUGGAGAAAGCCAGUGCAAGAAGCUAGAUGAAGUAACACCUGAAAUGGAGGUGGAAGAUCAGACUUGCAAAACCAAUGACAUUAUCGAAAUUCCAAAUGAAGAGGUGUUCGAGGGACAUAAGGCAGCUGAUGCAGGUGAGAAUGUUGAAAAACAGACAACUGAAGAAGAGGGUGUUGUUAAGGACCUCAACACUUCAUCCACUAGAGCUGCAGCAAUUGAAGAAAACUUUCAAGAAGAUGAGCACAAGAAGCUCGAAGAAGCAACACCUCAAUUGGAGGCUGAAGAUCAGCAUUAUGAAUCAAAUGAUACAACUUAUCCCACAAAGAGCAGCCAAAAUGACCAGGUUGAAGCUUCUGAUUUAGUGUCCAAAGAGCAAGAGUAUGAAACAACAGGUCCAACUGAGGCGAUAGAAUCUGUGACCACUAAGAGUGACGAAAACCCAAAUGAGAUGAGCGAUGCUUCACCUGUUAAAACUGCAUCGAUUGAAAAUCCCUCGAACACAGUGCCUGAGGGAAUCGAGACAGCAGGCGUAUGCAAGGACGCUCAGAAACAGAUAAUAGAAGAAGAGGGUACCGUUAAGGGCAUUGAUGAUGUACCUGUCCAAGAUGAAUCGGUUGAAGAAAUCCAGUGCAAGAAGUUUGAGGAAGCAACACCUGAAUUUGAGGCAGAAGAUCAGAGUUGCAGAACAAAUGACAUAAUCAACAUUCCAAAUGAAAAGGUGUCCGAGGGCCUUAUGGCAGCUGCUGCAAGUGAGAACGUUCAAAAACAGAAAACAGAAGAAGAGGGUGUUGUUAAGGACCUCAACACUUCAUCCACUACAGCAGUAAUGGUUGAAGAAAACUUACAAGAAGUUGAGCACAAGGAGCUCGAGGAAGCAACACCUCAGUCAGCAGCGGAGGAUGGGCAUGAUGAAUCAAACGAUGGAAUUGAUCCCACAAAGAGUGGCCAGAAUGAAGAGGUCACACAUAAUAAUGUUGAAGCUUCUGAUUUAGUGUCAACAACAAGCUCAACUGAAGCGAUAGAAACCGCGACCUCUAAGGGUGAGGAAGACACACAUAAGAUCGCUGAUGCUUUACCUGUUGAAACCGCAUCAACUGAAAAUCCCUUGGGCAUGGUGUCUGAGGGACUCGAGACAGCAGGCAGAGACAAGGAUGCUCAGAAACACAUAAUAGAGGAAGAAGGUACCGUCAAGGGCAUUGAUACUGUAUCCAUCAUAGAUGAACCAGUUCAAGAAAGUGAAGAGUGCAAGAAGCCCAAGGAAGCAACUUUUGAAUUGGAGGCCGAAGAUCAGAGUUACCACACAAAUGAUGUAACCAAUAUCACCAAGGUGUCCGAAGGACAUGAGGCAACUGUCACGGGUAAGGACAUUGAAAAGCCUCUAAUGGAAGAAGUGGGUGCUGUUAAGGACCUUGAUUCUUUAUCUGCUAAAGAUGAAUCAGCUGAAGAAAGCAUUCAAGAAGACCUAAAGGAGCACAAGAAGCUCGAGGAAGCAACAACUCUUUUGGAGAUUGAAGAUGUGGGUUCCAAAGCAAACGAUACCAUUGAUACCACACAGAAUGGGCAAGACGAAGAGGUUAAAGUUUCGGAUUUAGUGUCCAAAGAGCGCGACUUCGAAACAACGGCUUCAGCUGAGAAGAUAGAAACUGUCACCCUAAGGGGUCUUGAAGACCCAAAUGUGAUCAUUGAUGCUUCACCUGUUACAACUACAUCAGCUGAAAUUCCCUUGAACACAGUGUCCGAGGAACUUGGGACAAUUGACAGAGGUGAGGAGAUCGAAAAACAGAUCACUGAGGAAGAAGGCACUGCUAAGAGUCUUGAUAGUGCAUCUGUUGGAGAAGAACCAUUUGAAGAAAGUGAGUCCCAGAAGCUUGAGGAAAAAACACCUGAGAUGGAGGCCAAUGAUCAGAGUCAUAAAACAGAUGACAACAGAGAGAUCAAUAAUUCGAACAUGGAGGUGCCUGAGGUACUUGAGGCAGCUGGUGGAUGUGAAAACAGUGAAAAACAGACGAUAGAGGAAGAGAGAGCUGUCAAGGACCUUGAUACUUUAUCUGCUAAAGAAGAAGAGAUAUGCUCACAGAAAGAAGCAGCAGAAACCGAAGAGACCCAGAACAAAAGACAUGAUAUAGCAGCUGCAACACAGGCUCAGGGCGAGAAAGCCUUCGAUUCGGUUUCUGAAGAUGAGACCAUAGAAACAGUUGCAGAGGCUGAACCAGCAAAAAUCGAGAUAUCAGAAAGCAAUGUGAGCUGUGAUGCGAAGAUUGAUUCUCCAUCAACGGUGGAAGCUUCAGUUGAAGAGACCACACGAAAAGGAGCCCCCGCAGAUGUGUUGGAAGAGAAUACUGAGAAAAAGAUAGAAAAGAGUGAGGCAAUAGCUGGAACAAGCUUACAAAUAGAGGAAACAGAAGUGAAGACACUUGACAAGGAUUAUGAGCAUCCCGAGCAGAAAUUGUCUGAAAUUAUCAAUGCUGGAAAGAUUUCAAAUGAUGGGGAAGCUUCAGAGCCCAGCUCAAACAAAGACACAUUGGAGGGUGAGAAGAUUGGAAAAACCUCUGACACAGCGCCUGAGGAAUUUGAAACAGCUGGUGGGAGGGCAGACACUGAAAAAGAUGCCCUGGAGAAAGAGGAGGUCCCAGUCAAGAACCUUGAAGAAAGCUUUAAGGAAGACGGGAAGGGAGGUGAGUUGCUGGAGCAUGGAGCAGCUGAGUUGCAUUGCGUUUCCUAUAACACCACAAAUGAAACAACGAAUGAAGAGAAUCUGAGGACACUUGAUCCAACCAAUGAGAUUGAAACUGAUGAAACGAAGGAGGAGGAGAACCCGAACAAGAACAUCGAUAAUUUAACUGUUAGUAAUGCAGUAGUUGAAGAAGCCACACGGGAAGAAAGAGGUGAGAAGCAAGAUGAAGCCUUCGACUUUGUGCCUGAAGUUACUGAGCCUGAGAAGCUCGAAAGUGCCUCUGAGUCAGUUUCCGAAGAUAAGAGCCAUGAGAAAAUCACUGCGAUGGAAACCACCGAUACUCUACCUUCAGUAGCCAACGAGCAAACCGGCGGAGUAGUUGAAGUGAGUGAAAGCAUGGAAAGUGUGGCUCUAGAAGAAGAGAAGACCCCGGACAGGGAAACAUUAGGAUCAUGCUUACAAACAGAAAAUGUGGAAGUCGGGAAGGAAUUGGAUUCUGGAGAUAAACCAGAGAAAUCUGUUGCCUUGGAGAAUAGAGAAGAGGAGAUGCCAAAGAACGAUGACACUUCAUUGCAAAAUGAUGGAACGGAAUAUGAUCAACUUGAAAAACCCGCUGACAUCGUGUCAAAUGUGCUCGAGACUGCUCACGAAAGUGAGGAGAUUGAAAAACGGGUCAUAGAGGAAGAGGGUACAGGCAAGGGCAACGACACCGUACCGGCUAGAGAUGAAAAGGUUAAAGAAAGCUUGGAAGAAAGUGAGCACAGAAUGCCUGAAGGAGUAACACCCAAAUCAGACAAUGAAGAUCUGAGUUGCAAUACAAAUGACAUCCCAGAAAUCACACUACCACAUGAAGAGGUGUCUGAGGCACUUGCGGUAGCUGAUGAGAGUGAGAACGUUGAAAAACAAACAAAGGAAGAGGGGGGCAUUGGAGACCUCUAUACUAUUUCUGCUACAGACAAACCAGUCAAAGAAAGCACUCAAGAAGAUGAGAAGAAGCACGAGAAGCUUGAGGAACCAACACAUCACUUGGAGGCUGAAGAACAGAGCUGCAAAGCAAAUGAUACAAGUGAGGCCGCAAAGGACGGGCAAAAUGAAGAGGUCCAAGCUUCUGAUUUAGUGUCUGAAGAGAGGGACUUGGAAACAAUAGCUUCAACUGAGAAGAUAGAAACUGUGAUUUUAAAGGCUGCUGAAGACCCAAAUGAGACCAUUGAUGCUUCAUCUGUUAAAAUCGCAAUGUCUGAUGAACCACUGGAAUCGGUGUCUGAGGGACCUGAGACUACCGGCGGUGGUGAGGACAGCGAAAAACACAUCAUAGAGGGUACUGUUAAGGGUGUCGAUGAUGUAUCUGUCCAAGGAGAACCAGUUGAAGAAAGCCAGUGCAAGAAGCUUGAUGAAGUAACAUCUAAAAUGGAGGUGGAAGAUCAGACUUGCAAAACCAAUGACAUAAUCGAUAUUCCAAAUGAAGAGGUGUUCGAGGUAUAUAAGGCAGCUGAUGCAGGUGAGAAUGUUGAAAAACAGACAAUAGAAGAAGAGGGUGUUGUUAAGGACCUCAACACUUCAUCCACUAGAGCUGCGGCGGUUGAAGAAAACUUUCAAGAAGAUGAGCACAAGAAGCACGAGGAAGCAACACCUCAAUUGGAGGCUGAAGAUCAGCAUUAUGAAUCAGAUGAUGCAAUUGAUCCCACAAAGAGCAGCCAAAAUGAAGAGGUUAAAGCUUCUUAUUUAGUGCCCAAAGAGCAGGAGUUCGAAACAACAAGUUCAACUGAGGCAAUAGAAUCAGUGGGGUCUAAGGGUGAUGGAGACCAAAAUGAGAUGACCGAUGCUUCGCCUGUUAAAACUGCAUCUACUGAACAUACCUUGGACAGAUUGCCUGUGGAACUCGAGAUAGCAGGCGAGGGUGAGGACACUCAGAAACAGACAAUAGAGGAAGAGGUUACCGUUAAGGGUGUUGAUACUGCAUCUAUCAUAGAUGAACAGGCUCAAGAAAGUGAAGAAUGCGAGAAGCCCAAGGAAGCGACUUUUGAAUUGGAGGCCGAAGAUCAGAGUUGCCACACAAAUGAUGUAAACAAUAUCACGGAGGUGUCCGAAGGACAUGAGGCAGCUGUCGUGGGCAAGGACAUUGAAAAGCCUCUAAUGGAAGAAGAGGAUGCUGUUAUGGACCUUGAUUCUUUAUCUGCUAAAGGUGAAUUGGCCAAAGAAAGCAUUCUAGAAGACCUGAAGGGGAACAAGAAGCUCGAGGAAGCAACACCUCAUUUGGAGAUUGAAGAUAAGGAUUCUGAAGAAAAAGAUACCAUUGAUACCACACAGACUGGACAACACAAAGAGGUGUCUGAGGCACUUGUGGUAGCUGAUGCGAGUGAGAACGUUGAAAAACAAACAAAGGAAGAGGGGGGCAUUGGAGACCUCUAUGCUAUUUCUGCUACAGACAAACCAGUCAAAGAAAGCACUCAAGAAGAUGAGAAGAAGCACGAGAAGCUUGAGGAACCAACACAUCACUUGGAGGCUGAAGAACAGAGCUGCAAAGCAAAUGAUACAAGUGAGGCCGCAAAGGACGGGCAAAAUGAAGAGGUUCAAGCUUCUGAUUUAGUGUCUGAAGAGAGGGACUUGGAAACAAUAGCUUCAACUGAGAAGAUAGAAACUGUGAUUUUAAAGGCUACUGAAGACCCAAAUGAGACCAUUGAUGCUUCAUCUGUUAAAAUCGCAAUGUCUGAUGAACCACUGGAAUCGGUGUCUGAGGGACCUGAGACUACCGGCGGUGGUGAGGACAGUGAAAAACACAUCAUAAAGGGUACUGUUAAGGGCGUCGAUGGUGUAUCUGUCCAAGGAGAACCAGUUGAAGAAAGCCAGUGCAAGAAGCUUGAUGAAGUAACAUCUAGAAUGGAGGUGGAAGAUCAGACUUGCAAAACCAAUGACGUAAUCGAUAUUCCAAAUGAAGAGGUCUUCGAGGUAUAUAAGGCAGCUGAUGCAGGUGAGAAUGUUGAAAAACAGACAACAGAAGAAGAGGGUGUUGUUAAGGACCUCAACACUUCAUCCACUAGAGCUGCCGCGGUCGAAGAAAACUUUCAAGAAGAUGAGCACAAGAAGCACGAGGAAGCAACACCUCAAUUGGAGGCUGAAGAUCAGCAUUAUGAAUCAGAUGAUGCAAUUGAUCCCACAAAGAGCAGCCAAAAUGAAGAGGUUAAAGCUUCUUAUUUAGUGCCCAAAGAGCAGGAUUUCGAAACAACAAGUUCAACUGAGGCAAUAGAAUCAGUGGGGUCUAAGGGUGAUGGAGACCAAAAUGAGAUGACCAAUGCUUCGCCUGUUAAAACUGCAUCUACUGAAUAUACCUUGGACAGAUUGCCUGUGGAACUCGAGAGAGCAGGCGUGGGUGAGGACACUCAGAAACAGACAAUAGAGGAAGAGGUUACCAUUAAGGGUGUUGAUACUGCAUCUACAAUAGAUGAACCGGCUCAAGAAAGUGAAGAAUGCGAGAAGCCCAAGGAAGCGACUUUUGAAUUGGAGGCCGAAGAUCAGAGUUGCCACACAAAUGAUGUAAACAAUAUCACAGAGGUGUCCAAAGGACAUGAGGCAGCUGUCGUGGUUAAGGACAUUGAAAAGCCUCUAAUGGAAGAAGAGGAUGCUGUUACGGACCUUGAUUCUUUAUCUGCUAAAGAUGAAUCAGCAGAAGAAAGCAUUCUAGAAGACCUGAAGGAGAAAAAGAAGCUCGAGGAAGCAACACCUCAUUUGGAGAUUGAAGAUAAGGAUUCUGAAGAAAAAGAUACCAUUGAUACCACACAGACUGGACAAGACAAAGAGGUCAAAGCUUUGAAUCUAGUGACAAAAGAGCAGGACUUUGAAACAACGGCUUCAACUGAGAAGAUCGAAACUGUCACCUUAAAGGGUGAUGAAGACCCGAAUGUGAUCAUUGAUGCUUCACCCGUUAAAACUACAUCAGCUGAAACUCCCUUGGAUACGGUGUCUGAGAAACUUGAGAUCGAAAAACAGAUCAUAGAGGAAGAAGAUGCUGUUAAGAGUCUGGAUAGGGCAUCUGUUGGAGAAGAACCAAUCCAAGAAAGUGAGUCCCAGAAGCUCGAGGAAAAAACAGCUGAGAUGGAGGCCAAUGAUCAGAGUCACAAAACAGAGGACAUCACAGAGAUCGAAAAUUCAAAUGUGGAGGUGCCUGAGGGGCUUGAGGCAGCUAGUGGAUGUGAAAACAGUGAAAAACAGAUGAUAGAGGAAGAGAGAGCUGUAAAGGACCUCGAUACUUUAUCCAGUAAAGAUGAAGCAGUUGAAGAAAGCUUUCAGGAGGCACUGAAGGAGCACAAGAAGCUUGAUGAAGCAACAUGUCAUUCCGAGGCUGAAGAACAGAGUUGCGAAGUUAAUGAUACAACUCAUACCAUAACGGAUUCACAAAGUGAAGAGGUCGAAGCUUCUGAUUUAGUGUCCACAGAACGGAACUUCGAAACAACACUUUCAACUGAGAAGAUAGAAGCUGUUACCUUAAAGAGUGAUGAAAAUCCAAAUGAGGUCAUUGAUUCUUCACCUAUUGAAACACCAUCAGGUGAAGAAACCAAACAGGAAGGAGGAGGUGCAGAGCAUCAGGAAGCCAUUGGUUUUGUGUCUGAAGAAAAGAGCAUAGUACUGGAUAUCACUACGGAAGACACUGAAGACAAGAAGCCUGAAAGGGCCUUGGAAUCAGUGUCCGAAGAAGGGGGUCCAUCCAAGAUUGAGAUCUUGAACGAUGAUGAAAGCCCCGACAAAACUGUUGAUGCUUUACCUAAUUCACGAGCUUCAGUGCAAGAAAGCACACAGAAAGAAACUCCUCAAGUGGAGGAUGAACAGUGCUGCAAGGAACCAAAUGAACUAAGCGAAAGCACAGAAAGUACUGUUUUAGAUGAGGUGAAAGCUGCAAAUGGAACAGAAAGUGAGCAGCUUGAGACAUCUUGUGAAUUUGGUUCUGAAGACAAAUCGAAGCAAACUGACACCGGGGACAACAAAGCAGAUGAUAUAGCAAAAGAGGAGGAAACUCUUUAUGCAGACAUGGAGGAAGACAGAACAGAAAGCGAGCAGCUUCAAGAACCCUCCCAAACAUCUGUGGGACUCAAAACAGCUGUUGCAGAUGAGAACACUGAAAACCAGAUCAUAGAGCAGAAAAGCAGUGUUGCAGACAUCGAUACCGCAUUUGUCGGAGUUGAAGCGGUUGAAGAAACCAUCCAGGAAGAUGAGAACGAGAGCAUGAAGGUCGGGGAAGCCGCAGCCGAAUUGGAGCCUGAAGGUCAGACAAGUGAAACAAAAGAAACAAAUGAAACCGCAACAAACAGGGUUCACAUCGAGGAGGCAUCUAUGGGACUUGGGGCAGCUGAUUCAAGCGAGAACAUUGAAAAACACAUGACUGGGGAAGACAAAGCUGCUAAGGAACUCGAUACUAUACCAGUCAGAGGUGAAGUUCCGAGCUUGGAAACAAACGAUGCAGAUGACACCACAAAGACUGGAAUACCAAGUGAAAAGAUUGAAACUGUGAUUGUGGAGGAUGACAAAGCCUCACAUAAGAACACUGAUGUUUUUCCCAUUACAACCACAUUAACUGAAGAAAUCACACGGGAAGAAGCAUGUGAUGCCAAAGAAGAGAUUCAUGAAACCAUCAGUGCAAAUGAAAGGAAUGUUGAAGUUGCCAUGGAUGAGGUGAGAAUUUCAGAAGGCCCCAUCGAAGUUGAGAAGGUUAGCACUUUUGAUGAUUCAGAUUCCAUUUGUGAAACAAGCAAUUUAAGUGAUGCUGCAGAAGCCCCAAAUCUAAAAGAUGACAAAGUUCUAAACAGGAGUCCCGACGUUUCAGCCAUCGCCAAGGCUUCAGGUGUUGAAAUAUUACGGAAAGAAAAUGCCACUGAAGCUUCCAUUUGGGUGCCUGAAGAGAUCACAGAGGCUGCAUUUGAGAAAGCAGCAGCUGAAGAGAGCUUCUCGAAAGGAGAAAUAGAGAGAGAGAAGCUUAAGGAGGAGGUGAUUCAUCAAACCAGAGAAACUGAAACAUCAAAGCAUGAGGAAAACCAGCAGAUGGGCCUUGAUUCUCCACCUAUUCCAAAGGCUUCAGUGGUCGAAAUCUUACAGAAAGAAGGCCAGAAACCUGGCAAAGCCUCUGAUUUGGAGUCUGAUGAGCAGAUUCAAGAAAUUAUCGGUCCGAAAGAUGUUGAAGAAAUCCAUAUUCCAAGGCCCGAAGAAUCUACAUAUGAACUGCAAGAUCCCGAAAAGCUGCAGGACACCACUGACGUGGUGCUUGAAGAACUGGGCCAUGAAAAGGUUGGUGCGAGGGAGACUGCAGAAAUUGCAAUUGAAGAAGAAGAAAACCCGCAAAAGAAUAUAGAUGGCCUGUCCGUUACACACAGAUCAGACGAAGGUGGGAAGAUUGAAGAAACCGCUGAUUCGUUGCCUGAAGCACCGAGUGAUGAAACAGUCACCGCAAUUGACAGUACAGAUCCAGCACCAACAGAAACAACUACUCUGGAAAGCAAAGAAGAGAAUGUGAAGUUCGUGACUAUCCCGGAAAGCGAGAAAACGGAAAGUGUGACUCUUACAGCUGAGGAAAGCCUAAACAGGAGUUUUGAUGUUUUCUCAUUUCCUCAGGCUUCAGGUGAAGAAACAUCACAGAUAGAAGGAAGCGAGAAGCAUGCGGGAUCCAAAGAAAUCUUGCAGGACAACGACAACAAAGCCACUCUACAAAAUUCCUGUGACCUAAUUGAAAAAACUUCACAAAAAGCCAUAGUAGAAGAUCAGAAACUUGGAGAAGCUUCGGAAGUCGAGGCGGAUCUGAAAGGAGCAAAACUAGAAGAAAAGGCACCCGGCAGAGCCGCUAAGGAGAGAACAGAAGCUCCGACAGAAGAUUCGAUAGAAGAACUGAAAGAAUCGGAUUCAGGCAAGGUUAGCUUAUCCGAUCUACUAGAGAGAUCUAAGAGAGAUAACAUGAAGAUGCCUGCAGACUUGAUGCAAGAAAGGCACCCGGCAGUUGACGAAGACGAAUUGCGAAACAAACAGGCAGCAGCUCAUCAAGCAGAGGAAGAGAAAUCAGAUGAAGAAGAGGAAGAAGACGAUGAACACAAAAAGGACGAAUCGGGCUCUGAUGCUCCUGUCAUAGUGGAAGCCGCUAGAGAUAUUGAUCUGAAGCCACCACACAAGAAAUCUCACAACAUACUAUCUGGUGUUGGAUCGAAGGUCAAGCACUCAAUUGCAAAAGUGAAGAAGGCCAUCACAGGUAAGUCCACCCAUCCUAAGUCGCUACCGGCGAAAUAAGCACGUGGUAGUUAAAACAGUUGUGAAGAGUUUGAUGGUGAUUUCCUAUAUUAAGCCAGGGAAUUUGUGUGAUGUGUGCAGUUUAUGUGCUAUGUAAGAUAUGAUUGAAAUGAGACCAGUUCCGUUUUUUGUAAAAAAUCAGUUAAAUGGUUAAGGAUUGUGAUUGGAUGUUAUUUUUGA